AGGUCAAAGUCAUGCUUCGAGUGGGGGCAUCAGGAGAAGGGCCUUUCACCAGUGGCACACAGACCUUCUCAAUGGACAAACGUAAGAAGCAAGUGAGUCUGUGUGAAACUGCACCAGCUGCCACUGCUCCUGAGGAUCGGAAGGUCGGCGUGGCUGCACCUAAGAUGUUCGCAUUCGAUGCUAUCUUCUCACAGGAUGAUGCUCAGUCGGAGAUAUGUUCGAGUGCACUCACUGACGUCAUCCACGCCGUCAUUAACGGAACAGACGGCUGCCUCUUCUGCUUUGGACACGCAGGACUUGGUAAAUCCUAUACGAUGUUGGGGCGGCCGGACUCGCCGGCGGCGCUGGGCGCUAUACCUUGCGCCAUCACGUGGCUCUUCCGAGGAAUUGCAGAGCAACGACACAAGUGUGGCACCCGGUUCUCCGUCAGAGUAUCAGCUGUAGAACUCUGCACGAACACCAACCAGAUCCGGGACUUAUUGGCACCAUAUCAAAAUGACACGGAACAAUCUCCAGGAGUAUAUCUUCGAGACGAUCCACUCUUCGGGACUCAUCUGCAGAACCAAUCAGAGCUCAGAGUUCACAGCGCUGAGAAAGCAGCAUUUUACUUGGAUGCUGCAUUAGCGACCAGAGGAACUCGAGAGGAGGGGAAAGACAGUCAUCUAUUGUACACACUACAUGUAUAUCAGUAUAGUGUUGGUGGUAAAGGAGCAGUUGCCGGAGGACGCAGCCGCCUGCAUUUAAUCGACCUAGGAAACUCAGAGCGGGGAAAAACAAACGGCGGAAUACCACUAUCUGGUUUAGGAAAUAUAUUACUUGCAAUAUUCAACGGACAAAGACAUCUGCCGUACAGAGACCACAGUCUUACUCAUGUAUUAAAAGAAUGUCUCGGGUCUUUAACAUGCCACACAGCCAUGAUAGUGCAUGUCUCACCAACCUCUCAAAAUUAUUCUGAUACAUUAACUACCUUACAAUUAGCUUCUCGAAUACAUAGGCUUCGGAGAAGGAAAGUUAAAUAUUCUGCCAAUAACAAUGCUGGAUCUGGUGGAAGCUCUGGUGAAGAUGCUUCGAAGCCUAGUAGUAGUGAACCAGACCCAUCCAGUAGUGAUCUGUCAGCAGAUACUGUAAUAUACGUAGGCCCAUUGGACGAUGCUACUGACGGAGAACAUCCACCCGUGUACAUACCCCACAUAAACUCAGGUGACAACCGAUGUAUCCUAAGUAAAGCCUUACGAGGCUCAGCAGCAGAACAAAAACACAAGUCGUCAUUAUCUCGAGUAGUUGAAGAGAAAAGUCCAGUGCACAGGUUACAUGGAUCUCCCAAAUCAUCACCCUUGAAAAUUUUACAGCCCACACAUACUCCAAAAGCAUCUCCAGUUCAUUCAGUUACAUCUAAAUCGACACCACUCAAGAAACUAGCUCCAAAACAUCCAGAGGAAGGUAAGAGCAAUAGUGAUGAACAAUGGAUAGAUGGACCUCGGAUAUCUAAAUCAAAGUUAGUUGAGGCCAGACAUAUUAUCAAGGAAACACAAGGCAAGAAACGAGAAACUUGGAUUGAUGGUCCGAUGCAGGAACCAAAAGUACCAAUACAAUUUGAAUCAGUGCCAAUACAACCUGCCAAUAAUACAAUGCCACUCCAGUUAGGUAUUCUCGGUUCACUCGGUAGUGAGAACUUAGGAUACGGAUACAUGGAUAACCAUAAGAAAAAUAUGAUCAGGAAAUGGGUGGAAAAUCAAACUUCACAAAUCCAUAAAUCUAGACACAGCUCACCAAGUCACAAAGCACAAACUGCUCAUAAAGAGCCAAGUGCGAGAGCUCCCGAAGAAUCCGAAAGCGCUCAUAAAAUGGAGCCAGUGACAAAAGAUUCAGCUAGACGAAUACACGUAGAAGAAUCCACUAUACGAACUGGUCUAAAAGCUAGCUCUAAGGGAAUGUCAAUCGAAGAAGAAAAUAUUGGACCGGGUACCUCUGAACAACAUUCGAAUAAUAAAAAGUGCUCCAAACCGAGUAAACAGGAAAUCGAUGAUGACGAUGACAGCGAAGAGCUAGCAGAAAUACCACCUGCAUUACCUAUAAUGCAACCCAGUAGUCUAAGUAGUAGAGAAGUAUCAAUGGAAAGUUUAGAUAGUAAAUAUAAAGAAAGGUUACGGAUGGACGAUGAGAUGGUUUCAAACCAUAGCAGAGAUAUUGACCAUCAUGGCAUGAGUAGAGGUCUUAAUGAUGAUGAUGAUGAAAUUUUAGAAAUAAUCGAAGUUGAAGAACCUUUAGAACCUGUCCCUAUGAUGGAUUCUUGUCUGCAAGUAACAGAAGAGGAUAUUGCCUUCUGCAUGGGCUUCUCAGAAAAUCCUCUUCCAGAGGUAGACCAAGAAGAUGACGAUCAUCCUCUUAGGAUUCUUAGCCAAGAAAAUUUAACAGUCGCAUCGACUUUCACUGAUACGCUCUCCUUGUACAGCGAGGUUGAACGCCAAAUUAGAAACGAGGCUUACCUUAGACAAACGAUAGGUUUUUACGCGGAUAAAUAUAGCGCCGAUCAUGGACUUGGAUUAAAUCCACAUGAUAGUCUACCAUCAUCCCGAUCGAGAAUUGAUGAUAUCAUGAGCUUAACUGAACUGUACGGAUCGCGACGUAUGUUGGAUACUGAUGAUAUGUCACUAGCGCGGAUUGUUCCUCAAUUUCAGUCACUGUCCCUAUCAAAUGUUCGAGAUACAGAGGAAUUCGGUGGCGAUGGUUCGGUUUACAGUGAACCAGCUUAUAGACCAAGUGACAAAAUAUGUAACAGUUGCAAACGGACCAUGUCUAGGCCAGGUAGUGCAGUUGGCGAGUGUGAAGCUUACCACGAUUUAGAAGGUCAUACUGAAUGCUACGGGCCUUUCGAAAGAUACAGGGGUAAUGAUAUAACAGAUGCUCGUAUAGCAUCGCUAAGACACCCAGAUGGAGCUUCUGAUCCAAACUUGAGAGAGGAACGAAGGAUACCCGGUAGUGGAGCUCCUUCGUUUAAAGAACUCAAAUCCAAUUUACACCUCGAAGUGACACCGCCUGUGGUGACGACCGAACCGCGAACGGAGAAAAGUGAUAAAGGAAUAGCUAGGGUGGUUGCUAGUUCCAAACCUGAUGGUUAUGAUAGCGGCCAUGAAUCUACGCCACGGACAGGCAAACAUAGUCCAGCGACGACCUCUAGACGUGCUGAGUCGGGGUAUGAUUCCGUUCCUCGAGAUUCAGAUGCUUCCUCUCUCGAUUCGUACCCGACGCGGCGCGCAGCUGUGGCUAGAGCUCACGCAAAAAAGCAUACUACAGCCAAAUACAAACAACACAGCGACCGAUCCUUCUGCUCAUGGCUACGGAACCCGUUCACUUGCAAGUACGCUGACACAGAUCCAGAAAUCAGUGACUUUUAG